AUGGCACCAACCACCAUUAUGGGACCAACCACCAACACGACACCAACCACCACCACAACACCAACUUCCACUACUACACCAACCACCACCACUACCCUAACCACCACCUCUAUACCAACCACCACCACGACAGCCACCACCACUACUGACGCACUUCCAACAGCCGAUACUGACGAUGAUGAAACUGCACAAUAUAAAGCUGGUGUGAAGCCAUCAAGGAGUGGAAUACGACAAAAGAGACACGGGUUAUACCUCGAUAAUAUCCUUACCCAAGUUGUUGAGUCCGUGGAGACCUCGGAGAACAUCACGGCCUCGCGGGAAAGUGAAGUCUUGAAGGAGAGUGGUGUUUCAAGAGCCACGGAGGUCUCUGGAGAAAUUGGGACCACUGGAGUUACGGAGACUCCACAGCCUUCACACGGACAUGGGACCUCCAACAUUUCAUCAAGCAACACUUGGUGGGGUCAGGUGAACGCCUCGGUGGCCAGACUAAGAGAUCUGGUGGAGGAGGUAGCAAGAGGCUCCGUGGACCACCAGCAUGCCUCCCGCCUGGAGGAAGAGGCGGAUACUAUAGACGGUCUGGUGGUAGAGGGCAGGAAUGAUCCCCAACUGGUCCUGCAGGUUUCUGGUGACCAUAUGAUCCAUGUGAUGGGCAGUAUUAAUGCCGUUAGCGAGGGAGUAAACAACACCACCGAGAUUGUUAACAACGAUAUUGAUCUCAUAAAGAGCUGGCGGGUGAGCGUGGUGGUGGGUAGCAGUGUGGUGGCGGCACUGGUGGUGUUUGUGGUGGCAGGCCUCCUCUUCGCUUCCUCUCGCUGCUUUCACUCUAAUGUGCUCUACAUCAACCACAAAAAGCGGCGUCGCAGGAGCCUCACCCAUGUCUAUCUUGAUGACCACCACUCCUGCAUCACCAAUGCAUCAUACAUCAGCUACUCCGAGGUAGACGCUCAGGUCAGGGAAAUGAAUAUCCUGGGUAGGGAGAUGAAUGCCCAGAGCAAGGAGAUGAACAAUCUUGGGAGAGAGAUGAACAUCCAGGGCAUGGAAAUGAACGUCCAGGGCAAGGAGAUGAACGUCGGGGGCAAGGAGAUGAACGUCCGGGGCAAGGAGAUGAACGACCAGGGCAAGGAGAUGGACCUCCAGGGCAAGAAGAUGAACGUUCAGGGCAAGGAGAUGAACGACCAUGGCAAGGAGAUGGACCUUCAGGACAAGGUGAUGAACGUUCAUGGCAAGGAGAUGAAUGUCCAGGGCAAGGAGAUGAACGACCAGGGCAAGGAGAUGAACGUCCAGGGCAAGGAGAUGAACGUCCAGGGCAAGGAUAUGAACGUUCAGGGCAAGGAGAUGAACGUCCAGGGCAAGGAGAUGAACGUCCAGGGCAGGGAAAUGAAUGUCCAGGGGAGAGAGAUGAAUAGCGGCAGCGUCCACCUAACUCUAACCACCUUCAAUAAGGAGGAGGAAGAAGCAUGAGUCCUUGCCUGCUCCGGGAGGCCAUCACCACUGGACGCUGUCUCCUCUUCAACUAUUUUCUCACUUAAACAGCUCACACAUUGUUUUCUCCUUAUUAUUUCAACAAGAUAAUCAACUUAACCUCCAAUAAAAGUCAUUAUAUA